GAUGGUGCUCACAGCUGGCGGCGGGGAGACGAGGAGCGGCGGCGGUGGCCUGCGGCACUGAGCCCCUACAGCGGUACGCGGGACCCCCACCCACCACCCGGAGCCCCCCCCACAUACCGGCCCCGCCCGGGGAGGGCACCAUGAGCGACGCCGGGAAGGAAUGUCGGGUGGCGUACAGCCCCAGUCUUGGGGAUAUCGUGCGGGUGAAGAGAGAAGUGGGAUCCCCCGCUGAAGAGCAGAGCUACGUCCAGUUCUGCUCAGUGGGGUCCAAUUCGCGCUGCAUGGAUCUUGAGCACAAGCGGGUAAAGGAGAAAAGAGAAGACGCUCUGUCCAAGAGCCUCCAGCACGUGGAUUUCUGGUUCUGCGAAUCCUGCCAAGAGUACUUUGUGGACGAAUGUCCGAGCCAUGGACCCCCAGUCUUUGUACCGGAUACACAAGUGCCCAUCGGGGUCCCGGAACGGGCGAUCAUGACCGCGCCGCGUGGCAUCGAAGUGGUGAAGGACAGAAGUGGGGAGAGCGAAGUGCGCUGCGUUGAUGAGGUCAUCCCAAGGGGUCAUGUCUUUGGACCGUACGAGGGGAAGAUCUCCACUAAGGACAAAUCUUCAGGCUUCUUCUCCUGGCUGAUCGUGGAUAACGACAACCGAUACAAAUCUAUCGACGGGACGGAUGAAUCCAGCGCUAAUUGGAUGAGAUACGUGGUGAUCUCCAGGGAAGAGCGGGAGCAGAACCUCAAGGCGUUUCAACAUAGCGAGAAGAUCUAUUUCCGUGCCUGUCGUGACAUCCAGCCCGGGGAGAAGCUCCGAGUGUGGUACAGCUCCGACUACAUGAAGCGGCUUCACAGCAUGUCUCAGGAGACCAUCAACCGGAAUCUCACCAGAGGAGAAAAAAGGUUGUAUGUUGAAAAAAAUGACAAACUUUUGGAGAUCCAAGAAGACUUGAAAGGCCACUUUCCAUUGACAACCUUUAAGCAAGGAAAGAGUCUUUCCAAGAGAAGCUGUGAUGAGGGCGAUGCCAACCCUCAGACCAAGAAGAAGAAGAUAGACCUUAUUUUCAAAGAUGUCCUGGAGGCUUCUCUGGGGUCAGCCAAGUCUGAAGAGCAUCCUCUGAUGUCCAGCAGCCCUGUUGCGAGCAAAAAGGUUUUUAAGUAUCAGUACGAGAAUCACGGAGACCGAUGUAAAGGAAACCACCCAUGUUCUCCAACCAAUAACCAAACGAGGACCCAGAUGGAAUGGAAUAUCCCUCGUGCUUCCAAUCUGGGUCUGGAAAGAGAAGCCAGUCUUCCGGAUGACGACGGCGAAAACCACUUGUCCAUCAAAGCAGAGAGCCCGUCCGAUUCCCCUACCGUGGGUGAUCCAGAAGAGAUCCCCACCACGUCUUUCUGUCCGAACUGCAUCAGGUUGAAGAAGAAGAUCAGGGAGCUCCAGGCGGAGCUGGACUUGUUAAGGUCUGGGAGAGCGCCUGAGACGCCUCAGAGAACUCCUCAUAUAACUGAGGUUCCAGAAAUUUCAGAUACUUCAGCACCCGAAAGCAUGGCCAUAGCGGCGACGACCAUGAUGGAGGACGAUGACCAGGAAGUGGAUUCGGCAGAUGAGUCGGUCUCCAAUGAGUUGAUUGCAGCUGCCGACGAGCCUUCCAAGAUGUCUGCUGCCGCCGGGCGGAGAAUACGUCGCUUCAAGCAAGAGUGGCUCAAGAAAUUCUGGUUUUUGAGGUAUUCGUCCACGCUGAACGAGAUGUGGUGCCACGUCUGCCGCCAAUACACGGUGCAGUCCUCUCGGACCUCCGCCUUUAUUAUCGGAUCGAAGCAGUUUAAGAUCCACACCAUCAAACUCCACAGCCAAAGCAACCUCCACAAGAAAUGCUUGCAGCUCUAUAAGCUCCGGAUGCAUCCAGAAAAGACGGAAGAGAUGUGCAGAAACAUGACUCUACUUUUCAACACCGCGUACCACUUGGCGAUGGAAGGCAGGCCUUACUACGAUUUUAGGCCCUUAGCUGAGUUGCUAAGGAAGUGCGAGCUCCGAGUCGUCGACCAGUACAUGAACGAAGGAGACUGUCAAAUCCUGAUCCAUCACAUUGCCAGAGCGCUCCGAGAAGACUUGGUAGAACGCAUCCGACAAUCUCCUUUCUUGAGCAUCAUCUUGGAUGGACAAAGCGAUGACUUGCUCGCCGAUACGGUGGCGAUCUACGUCCAGUACACCAGCAACGAUGGGCCACCCGCCACAGAGUUCCUGUCAAUGCAAGAGCUGGGCUUGCCGACGACAGAGAACUAUCUUCAAGGUAUCGACAGAGCUUUCUCUGCCCUUGGAAUAAGACUUCAGGACGAAAGGCCAACCGUGGGCUUGGGUGUCGACGGCGCCAACAUCACGGCUGGGCUCCGAGCGAAUAUGUAUAUGACAAUCAGAAAAACAUUGCCUUGGUUACUGUGUUUGCCUUUCAUGUUACACCGGCCUCACCUAGAAAUUUUGGAUGCGAUUAGCGGAAAAGAACUCCCUUGCUUGGAAGAGUUAGAAAACAAUCUAAAGCAGUUGCUUAGCUUCUACAGGUACUCUCCUCGGUUGAUGUGUGAGCUGAGACUCACCGCGGCAACCCUUUGCGAAGAAACGGAGUUCUUGGGUGACAUUCGAGCAGUAAAAUGGAUCAUCGGCGAGCAGAACGUCCUCAAUGCCCUGAUCAAGGACUACCUUGAAGUGGUGGCACAUCUCAAAGAUGUCAGCGGGCAGACCCAGAGGGCCGACGCUUCCGCCAUAGCGCUUGCCCUGCUGCAGUUCCUCAUGGAUUAUCAGUCGAUUAAGCUUAUCUACUUCCUGUUGGAUGUGAUUGCCAUCUUGUCCCGCCUUGCCUAUGUCUUCCAAGGUGAAUACCUCCUCGUGUCCCAGGUGGACGAGAAGGUGGAGGAAGCCAUUCAAGAGAUUAGUAGGCUGACGGAUUCCCCCGGCGAAUACCUUCAGGAGUUCGAAGAGAACUUCCGUGAGAGCUUCAACGGAAUCGCCUUGAAGAACCUCCGCGUUGCAGAGGCAAAAUUUCAGUCCAUCCGGGAGAAAAUCUGCCAGAAGACGCAGCUGACCUUGGCCCAGCGGUUCGACUCGCGCAGCCGGAUGUUCGUUAAAUGCUGCCAGGUCUUCGACCUGUCCGCGUGGCCGAGGAGCACCGACGAGCUCAUAAGCUACGGCGAGGAGGAAAUGUUGCAGAUCUACAGUCACCUGGAGGGCGUCCCUUCGUUUUUAACUGAUUUUUGCAGGGAAGGAUCCGACCCCAGGGGCAGUCUGUUGAUGGAAUGGAGAGAACUGAAGGCGGACUACUGCAUAAAAAAUGGUUUCAGAGAUAUGAUUGGCCACAUUUGUAAGUACAAACAGAGGUUUCUUCUCUUAAAUAAGAUCGUUCAGAUCUUGAAAGUCCUCCCGACGUCGUCGGCCUGCUGCGAGAAGGGACGCAACGCUUUGCAGAGACUACGCAAAAAUAACCGUUCCAGGCUGACCAUGGAUCAGCUGAGUGACCUCUUGACCAUAGCGGUGAACGGCCCCCCCAUAGCCAACUUUGAUGCCAAGAGAUCCCUGGACAGUUGGUUUGAGGAGAAAUCAGGAAACAGCUACUCCUUAUCAUCAGAAGUGCUCAGCAAGAUGUCCUCUCUCGAUCAGAAGAACAUGCUUCAGAGCGUGGAGGUCGGGUCGGAAUAUUACCAGGACAUUUAGGGUACUUCAGCCCUAGAAUUGUAAAACUUUUUUUUCUAUCUAUACCUUAAGUUUUGGUAUAUUAUAAAAAAAAAAAUAUAUAAUUAAAAUUAUAUAUAUAUAUAUGUAUAAUCCCACUGAAAUAAGACGGAUCCUUUUUGGAAGCAUUGCAAAAAAAAAAGUAGCAGACGUCUCACCUCACGUAUGGCAGCUGGCGUUAGAAGCUGGACCCCCGUUCUCUAAGCCCUCCUAAUGCAUGUAUAUCAGAACCAGGUACCUUUUUUUUAUUUUAUUUUAUUUUUUUUCACGUCGCCCGUUAUUUCUCAAGCGGCUUUCUUUCAAGUUUUGAUAUAAAUUCUGUGAACCCCCCGUUCCCGACCCACAACAGUCUACCAAGCUUCAGUGAUCAGUGAGGAUGUAUAAAUAUUUAAUCUAUAUUAUUUUUUAUUAUUAUUAUUAUUAUUUUUGCUUUAUUCCUUCAGCAGAAACCGUGAUUGGCUACUGCAUUUUUAAUUUUAGAAGUUGCAAAGUUAACCUUUCACUGCCUUUCUGUCUAGGGGUUAAGGGACACAUUUGGGUCCAAAUCCGACCACGCAUGAUGGCAUCGCAAUGCGUCGUUUCGGAAGCUCCGACCCAAA